AGUUGCUGGGGCAACCAGUCAAACAAGAGAAUUCGGAUCAGACUGGAACCAGGGUGACAGCUGACAUGCCUGAAAGCAUCGUGGGCUCGGUCAGCUCCGGCUCCCAUGGAUCCCACCGAUCGAAGGCCCGGAAGUACCGGACGAAGGCCGUGAGCUCCGAGAUCGACGAGAGUCUGUUCGGCGCGAAGCCGCAGCCUGCGACAGGUGAUGCCCCGAUUGUGCAGAAGACGGAGGACAGACAUCGCAAAGCUGUGUCAGCACCGACAAGGGGGCGCAAGCCUGAGACCAUCCGAAUUAUCACCAGCGACCUCAUCCGGGAUCUGGUGGAAGCCGUUAACGAGCGCAAGAACUACAUGAAGCAAAAGGAAAUGCUGCGCAAGAAGAACGAGAAGCUGAGCGACCUGGAGGAGGAAGCCCAGCAGAGGGCGCAGUAUCUCCUGCAGAGAGCCAACACCAUGCGCAUGGAACAAGAGGAUGAGAUCAAAAAACUCAAUGAGAUGAUUCUGGACGCCAAGUGCCACGCCAUCCGUGACGCCCAGAUGUUGGAGAGGAAAGUGAUCACCAAAGAGCUGGAGGAGGAGACUAAGCGUCUGGACCAGAUGAUGGAGGUGGAGCGUCUGAAGGCUAUCAAGAUGCAGGAGGAGAUCGAGGAGAUGAGGAAACAGGAGAGGGUCAGGGGGAAGAUCCACAUCAUCCAGCAGAUGGGGGAGAACGAGGAGUCCAGACUUCUCCAGGAGGAGCAGAGGGAGCAAGAAUCCCAGCAGAUGCUUCAGUUCCUGGAGGAGCUUCAGAUGGAAGAUUACAAGGAUUUGGAAAGGAAAAGAAAGGAACAGCUGGAAAUCCAGGCUGAGAUCAAACAGAUCAACGCUGAGCUUGAGAGGAAGAAGAUUGAGCAAAAGGAGCAGGAGAAGCUGGUGGACCUGCGGGUGCUGGAAUAUACCAAGCAGAAAAUGGCUCGGGAAGCAGAGUACGAAGCGGAGCAGGAUAAGAUCAAAAAGGAGAAAGAAAUGGAAGUUGCUCGUCUGCGAGCAUUACAGGAGAGAGCUCAGGACCACCGAGCAGAGCAGGAUGCCCUCCGAGCGAAGAGGAACCAGGAGGCCAUGGAGAGAGCCUGGCGCCAGAAGGAAAAAGAGGAGGCGGUAAAGCAGGCCGAGGUGAACAGCAUGUUGCGGAAGGCGCGUCUGGAUCAGGUGACCCAGAAGGAGCACUUCCUGGCUGUGCACGCUCAGCGGGACCGGGCGGAAUUCGAGCGCGUGUUAAAGGUCCAGCACAGUCUGGUGGAGAAGGAACUCAAGGAGCAGGAAGUGAAGACCGACCAGCUGAGGAAGCACGCCAGCGAACUGAGGCGACAGGUGCGCGAGCAGGAGCAGAAACAGAUCACGGACCGCAUCUCCCACUUCGAGGAGGGCAAGAGGCUGGACGAGGAGGCCCGGCAGCGCAGAGCACGCCUGGAUGGACUCAAACAGAAGAAGCUGGAGGAACUAAGAACUGCCGGCCUUCCAGAGAAGUACUGCUCCAUGGUGGCCCGGAAAACCGAUGUCCCGUUAACCGUCGUCCAAUAAGAGGGCCGA